AUGACUGAGCAUGUGGCUUUUUCAUCGAGCAGCAAUCAACUCGAAGCAGGAGUUGCUGCUAAUCGGGCCGGCUUUACUCCAGGGACAUGCUUGAAUUGCCGUCGUCAAAAGCAGCGCUGCGACAGACUCAUCCCCCAGUGUUCUCGGUGCUCCACGAAGGCAAUUCGAUGCGUCUAUCCAACGAAAAACGACGUGGCCGUCCACGCACUGGUGCCGGUGGCCAGCAGCACAAGUCAUAUGCUAAUACCGUGCUCCAGGCCUUGCCGCUUCCACCUCUCCCCUCACGGCGAACGCGAUUUACUCUGGGCGGCAUGUUCAAAGCCUGGCGCGUACAUCCAAGGCAACUAUUACCAGCCUUCGUUGUAUCAUGUUGUGAGAGACAUCUUUGAUCAAAGCGGCAUCAGCGUAACGGAUGUUGUAGCCAAAUAUUUUGAUCUGGCAUACUAUUGGCUACCUACUCUGGACAGAGAGGCGGUUUAUGACGAAGCAGCACGUUUUAACUUGUGCGAGGCAGUCAAUCAUGAUGCGUUUGCCUUAUUGCUUCUCUGUAUGCACGCCUUCGCCGAAGGUCCUUGCGAAAUCCAAGCCCAAUCGACACAAAGCGUUUUAUAUCGCACUUCGCGGCAGCUGUUUGUUAUUCUACAGACAUCUCCUGAUAUUCCUGCUCGCACUUUGCUACAAUGUGGUAUCAUUCUGACGACAUAUGCAUGCGGCCAUGGUAUGAGCAAAGAGGCGUACGAGAUAUUGACAAUAUGCAUCGGUCUUAUUCGCCGUCUCAGCAUCGAUGGUUACGCGGCGGCAGAAUCAAGGAUGGGAAUGGACCACAACCGUUACGAUCAAUUGGAAUUGGAUCUCUGUUGGAGUGGUAUUAUCCUGCUUGAUAGGACUAUAGUUCUCUCCAACAUCGACCAGUGCCUGCCGUAUUUGGUGGAAGCGCAUCACAUUCCCACAACCUCUGCCAUCUUUCAGGUAUCAAAUAUCGACCUCUACAGCCGGAAUACUAUCCGGAACCUGCUAGCACGAGCAGAGCACGCUAUUAGCGAGUAUAUUCAUACGACUGAAGGAGGCAAUUUCCCUCUCUGUGAAACAGUUGCCAUGUCGCUUAGUGCUUUAAUCAUGCUCUAUCGCAAGCAAAGUUACUACAGGAUGCCGAUCGAUAACCCCAAAGCGGCCUUGACAUUUAAUUGCGUACAUAACAUGAUCAUGGACACAUGUCGUGACGAAGCCGAAUGGGUUCAGGCCCACGGCUGGUCCAACAACACCAGACCAUGCUUCUUUGGACUCUGUUGUCUAUAUGGUGCUGCCGCUCAAUUAAACGAGCUGCGUUUGGAAGGUCUAUCGACUGAGGAUAUUUGGACUCUACGAAACUCUUUGCUAUCAUUCUCAAACCGCUGGAGACUUGGAGGCGAGUGCUUCUCUUAUACUCGUGAUGUGAAUAUGAAUGUUCUAACAGCUCAAAUAGAAAACUUUUUAAGCCAUCUCAACUCGAUGAAGAGUAUGAGUAAUACGCCGAGUCAAAUCAGCGCCACGUAA